AUGUAUGACUCUGGGGUCACCAAGAUUGGUAAAUAUACACUUCUUCAUUCUGGAGCCCCGAGUGCAACAAAAAUAAGAUCAGCUCAUGGCGUGGCUCUCUGUUUGGGAGAACAAGCAACCAAGAUUUGGAAAGAUGGUGGUUCCAUAUGGGAGGCUGUUAGUGAAAGAAUCAUCACUGCCCGACUUCAGUGUCACCCAGUUUCGAUUACACUCGUCAGCAUUUAUUCUCCUAUUAAUCCCCCACCUGGUCAAACAACAGCAAGUGACAACGCCGACGCUUUCUACAUCGACUUACAACGAACCAUUAAUAAAACUCCAAGAAAAGAUAUACUUAUCGUUAUGGGCGAUUUCAAUGCAAGAGUCAGUAAACAACAACACCUGUCUGGGUCAAGCGUGGUGGGUAUUCACGCAGUGGACGAUUUAAAUGAAAAUGGACAACGUCUCAUAGACUUUUGCUCUCUUAACGACCUUAUUAUAGCUAAUACCUUCUUCGAGCACAAAGCUAUUCAUCAAAUGAGCUGGAUGCACCCAGGCAACAAAAAAUGGCAUAUGCUGGAUUAUACUCUUGUCAAUAGAAAAUUCAGAUCAACCAUCGAGGAUGUACGUGUGCAUCGAACAGCAGCUGGAGUCAUAGGAACAGACCACCACCUGAUAAGAUCAAAAGUCCGACUUCAUCUUAAGAGUCGAAAGAAGUCCACAGCCAAACAAUCUAGAAACUUGGACAAGAGGAAAUUGUGUGAUCCUGCCACUGUCCUAGCAUUUCAAGCCGCAUUUGCCACUACAACAUGUUCAAUAUCAACAGCAUCUUCAACAAAUGAAAAAUACACUGAACUCUCAAAUAUCGUGAAAGAACUCAGUGAAAAUUUCUUCGGCGUGACUGAACGUCAAAGAAAAUAUAAGGAAUGGCUAACAAAUGAAAUCCUAGAUAUCGUGAAUAAAAAAUCACACGCCUUUCUUCAAUGGCAAAAUCACCGAGCAAAGAAAAAGGUUGAAGAACGUCAAAUUGAAUACUGGGAUGAGCUGAGCCUCGAAAUUGAACAAGCAAUCAAACAGCAUGCUCCUGCAACAGCAUAUAGAAUGAUUCGAAGACUCAAAGGAGGAAAAGCUAAAAUCGAAGAAAUGCCUAUCCAUGACAAACAAGGAAACCUGCUCAUUAAUGGUCAUGAACGUCUUCGCCGAUGGAGUGAACAUUUCUGUGAACUUCUUAAUGUACCAUCCACAGUUGAUCCGUCAAUCAUGCAACGUAUAUCAAUCCCUCAGCUAUCUACUGAAGAACAAAAUCGACAGGACAAACCUCCAUCGUUACUAGAAGUUGAAGAAGCAAUACGGCGAAUGAAAAGUGGGAGAGCACCUGGUAUGGAUGGACUAUCAGUCGAUGUCAUCAAGGCUGGAGGGCGUGCUCUAUCUACACGUCUUCAUACUGUUUUCGUCGAAAUAUGGGAGGAGGAACAAACAAUUGAAGAUUGGUCCACAGCAAUUAUAAUUCGUCUGUUCAAAAACAAAGGUGACAAACGAGAUUGUGGUAACUACCGCGGAAUCUCUCUCUUACCAGUGGCAAGCAAAGUUUUCUCUCGACUUAUCUUGAAUCGUGUGCAGAAGCACUUGGGAACUCAAAUUAUGGAGCAACAAGCUGGCUUCCAGUCGAAUAGAUCUACCAUUGAUCAUAUCUUCGCACUUAAACUAUUGAUGGAGAAAACACGAGACCAUAACAAAUCACUUUUCCUAUGCUUCAUUGAUAUACAAAAAGCCUACGAUUCUAUUAAUCGUGAAAUUUUAUGGUGUAUAUGCAGGCACUAUGGACUCACCACAAAAAUUGUUCGACUGCUUCAACUUUUAUACAAAGAUUCAAAAGCAAGAGUGCGCAUCAACGGGGAAUUAUCUGACCCUUUUGAUAUCGAAACUGGUGUGCAGCAAGGUGGUAUCCCAUCACCAAUUCUUUUCAACGUUUUCUUUGAUUUUGUGAUGCGUCAAGUCCUUGACCGACUGGUCGUACUAAAUGUCACAGGUGUGAAACUAGCAUAUGGAAGAGAUUUCUUUCAAUCAACCAGUAAUAACAAUAAGGAUAUCGAAAUGCUAGCACUCCUCUAUGCUGAUGAUGUAGUUGGUUGUUUCGACAAUGUUACAGAUCUAAAACUCUUUGUUGGAGUUUUCGAAAAAGUUUCACAAGAAUAUGGUAUCACAAUGAGCAUCAAGAAAACAUGUGUUAUGCAAUGCAGACAACUCAAAGUGGAUGCAUCAAGAAAAAUUAUUAAAGGUGAAGAGAUUAUACAUCCAUUAAUCGACAUAACCAUCCGAAAUGAUACUCUUGCAAUGGUGGAUGAAUUUUGUUAUCUUGGUUGUUGCUUCACUCGUACCUUCUCGUUCGAUCGUGAAAUAGAAAUGCGUUUGGAAAAAGCCACUACGGCGUUUAAUAUGCUUCGUCAUGUAGUAUGGUAUCGAGCAACAGUAUCUAUCGAGGCAAAACUUCGCAUUUUCCGAUCAUGUGUUCUACCAGUAUUACUCUAUGGCAGCGAAGUUUGGUCACUAACAGUGGCUCUGGAGCAACGCCUGUGUGCAUUCUAUCAUCGAUGUCUUCGGACGAUUGUUGGAACAAAUCUUUGGGACCGAAUGUCAAACGAACAACUUUUUCAAAUUACUGGUCAGCCCAGUCUUGAAAAUAUUCUUCGGAGAAACCGCCUCCGCUGGUUCGGCCACUUGAAUAGAAUGAAGGGUGAAAAUGAUGACCCAUCUUUCAUGAAAAAGAUUAUGUUCUCGUACUACGCUGAAUCUAAAAGACCUUGUAAUGUUGGUACGUUCAAGAAGUGGGAAGAUAGAAUACAAGAUGAUUUAGAAAAAAUGAAUAUCCACAAUUGGAGAAGAGAAACUCUUGAUCGAGAUUCUUGGAGAAGAACCAUAAACCAAUUCACACAAGUCAAACCCCCUAUGCCUGACAUACUCAAUAUCAUUCAACAAGUUAAACAACGUGCUGUUCAAAGACGAGCCAUAACAUUAUCACCCCCCGCAAAAAUCACUGAGCUAUUAUGUCGAAAUAACAACAACACAUACACAUGCCCGAACUGCAAGAAACAAUUCAAACCACAAGGAAUAACCAAUCACACAAGGUCCUGUGCAAAGAAAUGGUGUCAACAACAUGGAAUUCAAAUUGACUAA